AAGAAGAUUCCCAAUUCUAGUAAGUUACGAAAUAAAUCCACUGUUAUUGAUAAAUCUCUUCAAAGGGUUGUACUAGAUAUGCUUGAUAGCAUUGCACCUAUAGAUUGGAUAGAAAAACUCAAAGCUAAGAUUAACACCAAUAUGCCAGCUCAUGCUGAGA